AUGGCCGCCCUAAUCAACUUUUCCAUUGGACUUUUGCUCUUUAGCUUCAUCAGCAGCCAAGCAAUGGGGCAGCAGUGUGAUUUGAACAAUUUUGUGAUUGGGACAGUGAGAAGUGGGAGAGAAAUAGAGGGAAAAACAGAAUGGAAUGUGCAAGUUGUGAACACAUGCAAGUGCCCACAAGCAAAUAUUGUGUUAUCUUGCAAGGAUUUUCAGACUGUUGAGCCUAUCAGUCCAUCAAUCUUUAACAAGGUUGGUGAUCUUUGUAACAUAAAUCAGGGCAAUCCAGUUCAGCCUCAGGCUUCUGUCCGGUUCUCUUAUGCUUGGGAUCCACCGUUUCUUCUCAGGCCAGCUUCUGCUCAAGUUCAGUGUUAG